UUCUCAAAGGCUGAGGUCAAGGCCUUGGAAGACAAGCCACAGCAGGUGAUUGUGGCCUGCAGCAGCGACAGAGGCCUGUGCGGUGCCAUCCACUCCAGUAUCUGUAAACCAUCAAGCAGAAUUGGCGGUCUGCGUUCAUCAAACAGCUGUAAUACUUCAAGAUUAUUUGCCAAGAUUGAUCUGUUGAUUUUUAAUUUCCGCUGCAUUGUCACCACCAAAGGGCCCAAACCAAGAACGGAAGUGAUCAAAUUCACACCUGUUUUAAACUGUGAAAGUAGUGCUUUCAUUAUUGCACAAGUGGGAGAGGUCGGCCGUAAACCAGCAACCUUUGAAGAUGCUGGUAGAAUCAUGACCUAUAUCCUGAAUUCUGGCUAUGAGUUUGGCUCUGGCAAGAUUGUGUACAACAAGUUCAAGACUGUUGUCUCCUAUGACACCCUAGAGAUGCCAUUUUACCCUUCGGAUGCCAUCAACGCAGGCGAGAAGAUCUCUGUCUACGACUCCCUGGAUGCCGAUGUAGUCCAGUCUUACAUGGAGUACUCUCUGGCCUCCCUCAUGUUCUAUACACUGAAGGAAGGAGCAUGCUCUGAGCAGUCCUCCAGGAUGACUGCCAUGGAUGCCGCUAGCAAGAAUGCUGGUGAGAUGAUUGACAAGCUGACUCUGACCUACAACCGCACCCGACAGGCUGUGAUUACUGGAGAGUUGAUUGAAAUCAUCUCUGGUGCUGCUGCUGUCUAAAUUUAUUGUUAUUAUUUUUUUCUAUGAAGAUCAAUAACUAAAUUAAAGACAUGAUUAUUAUUGUCUGGAUCAGGGGAAGUAGUGGUCUUAAUAAUUGGCAGUCAGUAUACUUUUGCACUGAAUUCUGGAAUUAUGAAACCUUGGAAUCUUGUCUGAGAGAAUAUCCCUAACGUCUAUCAAUGACAAAACUCAUACUGCCAUUUGUAGUAAUGUGUAUAUAGCCCAGUGUUUUAUUUUUAUUUUUUAGUCAUUGAAUUAAAAAAU